AUGUCCCAAGAAGAGAAACAGAUGGAGGAGGAGCAAGAAGAAAACUUUGGCCCAUUGCUGGUCUCCAAGCUAGCUGAAUGUGGCAUCACAAACCAGGAUAUCAAGAAACUCCAAGAAGCGGGUCUGUACACGAUGGAAUCCGUUGCAUAUACACCAAAGAAGGUACUUUGUGCCAUCAAGGGUAUUUCAGAAGCAAAAGCCGAUAAGAUUAUCGCCGAAGCCCAGAAAAUGGUUCCCCUUGGGUUUCAAAGUGCCACCGAGGUGCAUUUGAGACGAUCUGAGCUCGUCUGCAUCACGACUGGUUCAAAGCAACUCGAUACUCUGCUUGGUGGUGGCAUUGAAACUGGAUCUAUCACAGAGCUUUUUGGCGAGUUUAGGACCGGGAAAUCACAGAUUUGCCACACGUUGGCUGUCACGUGCCAGCUUCCGACGAGCAUGGGCGGUGGCGAGGGCAAGUGUUUGUACAUUGACACUGAAGGAACUUUCCGUCCAGUUCGCCUGCUUGCGGUUGCAGAGAGAUAUGGUCUGAACGGAGAGGAAGUCCUUGACAAUGUUGCGUACGCUCGAGCGUACAAUGCCGACCAUCAGCAACAACUGUUGGUGACUGCGUCAGCCCUGAUGGCAGAAUCACGAUUCGCUCUUCUCAUCGUGGAUUCCUGUACUGCACUCUAUCGUACCGAUUUCAAUGGGAGAGGGGAGUUGUCCGCACGUCAAGGACACUUGGGCAAAUUCCUGAGAACGCUCUUACGCCUUGCCGACGAAUAUGGCAUCGCUGUCGUUGUCACAAAUCAGGUCAUGUCCUCGCCUGAUGCUGCUGCUGCCAUGUUUGCCGGAAAUGACAAAAAGCCUAUUGGAGGGAAUAUCAUGGCACACGCGUCGACCACUCGGUUACAACUACGCAAAGGACGAGGCAAUACGCGCGUGUGCAAGAUUUACGACUCUCCUUGUUUACCAGAAAGUGAGGCGCAGUUUGCUAUUCUGGCCGGAGGUAUCGGCGACCCUGAGGAAGAGGCACCUUGA